GCGUCAUUGUACCCGUGUCCUGAGACCCCCAUGGAGAGGAAGGAGAUGCUGGCUGGAGUCAACACCCGCAUCGAUGACCUCCAGAUGGUCCUGAACCAGACUGAGGACCACCGGCAGCGGGUGCUCCAGGCGGCCUCCAAGACGAUGCGCGUGUGGUUCAUCAAGGUGCGGAAGAUGAAGGCCAUCUACCACACGCUCAACCUGUGCAACAUCGACGUGACCCAGAAGUGUCUGAUCGCCGAGGUGUGGUGCCCCGUGUCCGACCUGGACUCCAUCCAGUUCGCCCUGCGCCGCGGCACGGAGAGGAGUGGCUCCACCGUGCCCUCCAUCCUGAACAGGAUGCUGACCAAACAGACUCCGCCCACCUUCAACAAGACCAACAAGUUCACCUCCGGCUUCCAGAACAUCGUGGACGCCUACGGAAUCGGAAACUACCGGGAAAUCAACCCAGCUCCCUACACCAUCAUCACCUUCCCCUUUCUGUUCGCCGUCAUGUUCGGGGACAUGGGCCACGGCCUGCUGAUGACCUCCCUCGCCCUCUACCUGGUCAUCAGGGAGAGCAGACUGCUCUCGCAGAAGAGCGACAAUGAGAUAUUCAACAUGGUGUUUGCCGGCCGCUACAUCAUCCUGCUGAUGGGGCUGUUCUCCAUCUACACCGGCCUCAUCUACAACGACUGCUUCUCCAAGUCCCUCAACAUGUUCGGCUCCGGGUGGAGCGUGCGGCCCAUGUUCGUCAACAAGGGAGGCAACUGGACAUUUGAGACGCUGGGUGAGAACGCAUUGCUCCAGCUGGACCCUGCCGUCCCGGGUGUGUUCAACGGACCCUACCCGCUGGGAAUCGACCCGAUCUGGAACAUCGCCACCAACAAGCUGACCUUCCUGAACUCCUUCAAGAUGAAGAUGUCCAUCAUCCUGGGGGUGACGCACAUGCUGUUUGGAGUCUCCCUCAGUCUCUUCAACCACCUGUACUUCAAGAAGCCCCUGAACAUCUUCCUGGGCUUCAUCCCCGAGAUCGUGUUCAUGUCCAGCCUGUUCGGCUACCUGGUGCUGCUGGUCUUCUACAAGUGGACGGCCUACGACGUGUUCAGCUCCAAGGACGCGCCGAGCCUGCUCAUCCACUUCAUCAACAUGUGUCUGUUCAACUACAACGACCCCACCAACAAGCCUCUGUACCGGGGACAGAUGGGGAUCCAGAUUCUGCUGGUGCUGAUAGCCCUAGCAUGCGUUCCCUGUAUGCUGAUAGCCAAAACCCUGGUGCUACGGCGACAGCACUUGUGGAAAGCCAAGCUGGGCACCCAGAAGUUUGGGGGCGUGCGCGUGGGCAACGGCCCCACGGAGGACGAGGCUGGCAUCGUCGAUCAUGACCAGCUCUCCCAGCACUCGGAGGACGGAGACGAGCAUGCGGAGGAAGAGCCGUUUGACUUCGGGGACGUGGCCGUCCACCAGGCCAUCCACACCAUAGAGUACUGUCUGGGCUGCAUCUCCAACACAGCCUCCUACCUCCGGCUCUGGGCCCUCAGCCUCGCGCACGCACAGCUGUCGGAGGUGCUGUGGACCAUGGUCAUGCACCUGGGCCUGGCGUCCAGCAGCGGGGGCGGCUUCUUCGCGCUGACCAUCAUCUUCGCGGCCUUCGCCGUGCUCACAGUCUGCAUCCUGCUCAUCAUGGAGGGACUGUCGGCCUUCCUGCACGCCCUGCGUCUUCACUGGGUGGAGUUCCAGAACAAGUUCUACUGCGGCCAGGGCUUCAAGUUUGUUCCAUUCUCCUUCGAGAGCAUCCUUGACGGCCGCUUCGACGAGUGAAAAAACAAAACAAGAGGAUCCCCAAGCAUUCCUUCCAUGUGUGUGAACGUCUUCGUUUGUGUAUGGGCAUGAUUGCACUGCAGGUCCUCUCUCGCCCUCUAGUGCACAUAAAGUGUUUGUGUUGGUCGGAACCCUUAUGAGAGAUAAUUUCACUAUCAUGUUACGUGACUGUGUUAAAGCUGCUUUUCCGUGGUAAUAAAG